UGACCGCGUGGCGUUGUUUGGUUCCUACAUUCUUACACAUUUUACUUUUAGUAAUGUAAUUUGAGGAUAAAAUACACUGCCAAAAUGAGCGAUGAUGAUCGAGAUGUUGACAUCGAGAGUGACGAAGAUGACCUGGGAUCGGGACUUUACAGUAGUGCUAAUACCCAGUUUAUGACCCAGGAAGAAAAGAGGGCCCAUCAUAAUGCUUUAGAAAGAAAAAGAAGAGACCAUAUUAAAGAGAGCUUUUCCAGUCUUCGUGAUUCUGUGCCAUCAUUGCAAGGAGAAAAGGCCUCAAGAGCUCAAAUCCUGAAGCAGGCAUCCGACUACAUCCAGUUUAUGACCCGAAAAAAUACAACACAUCAGCAAGAUAUUGAUGAUCUUAGAAGGCAAAAUUCAAUUUUAGAAAAUCAAGUCCGUGGCUUAGAAAAGACUAAAAACGUUAGCAGUUUUGCCCAGUCUACAUCCAAAGAGGUGACAAUUUCAACUUCAGAAAGUUCUGAAGACGAACCUCAAGGACGUGCGAGGAAAAAACAAAAAACGAAAUGACAACGACUUCCUCAAUUCAUCUCUCAGGCUGGACUCUGAAUGUGACGAUAAAUGGGAGUUAUAAUGUAAUAUUCUGUGUUGGAUGGUAAAGAUUGGGCCUGGUGUCCAUCUUAAGGCAGCAAAGUAUAUACCUAAAAAAGAUAUAGCUGAGUGUCUAGGAGGGUGUACUGCGUCCACUCAUAGGCAGCAGAAUGUAUCUAAGAUAUAUUUAAGUGUA